AUGGCAGCACGUAGCAACAGUACUGGUGGAGCGCAUCCAAAGCCUACUGGACCUCUCGAUGCUCAAGGACGUAAGUCGACUACGCAACCAUCUGUCUCUCUCGCUACAGGUAGAGGUAGUUCCUCGAUGUCAUCUGCGACAAGGCCAGUGUCGAUGGUUCGCUCGCCUCCAGAUGUAAGCGUUGCGAAAAGGGUUGAAUCGCAACGCUCCAAUUGGUCUCGUUUGCCCACGCCUACUGGCAGUGCUGCUUCCAGUCGACCCAGUAGCGUUGUUCUUGAUGGAUCCGCCUACAGGUACUCUCUUAAUGUUGGCAGCAUUUCUCGUUUUCCUCCUUCGGCAGCUAGCGGGUUUGGAGCAAACUCCAUCAUAGCUGCAAACGCUGCAGGACGAGAGAGAAAGCAGCUCUUAUGUUCAAGCACAAAAGAAAGUCAUCCAGCUACCGACCCAAGCCGAGCAUCUGUGUUGUCUACGGGCUCGUCCAGGUGUUCUUCGAGAUUGUCGAGUAGAUAUAUGGCAGAGGAAGUUGCUCCGCAGCGAAGACCUGUUUACCUUGCCCUGCCCUCAGAUCCUGCUGCCCUCGGUCCUUGGUCUAGUACCGGAUCGACACUUGUAACCGCUCAACAGCAGCAGCAGCAGAAGCAGCAGAAACAGCAGAAGGCGGAGAAGGGGAAGGAUAAAGAGGCUGGCGUGAAGAAUGCUCAAGAUGCGCGCGGGAGGAAUAGUAAAAUCAUGACUACUUUUCCUUUUCCACACCCUGUUACGCUGAGAAGGAGAAGCGAUAGGGGAGGUAAUACUGGACCAUCUGGUUCGAGUAGUGGUGCAGGUUCAGGGUUAGGUGCGGCAUGGCAACGACUUCUAACAGCCAUUUUUGCUGGUCCCUAUGAACGCCAACUGAACAGGGAGGAGCAGGAAGAUGACCGUAUAACGCAAUCCAUUAUUCAGGAAAUUGCUCAGCGCAACUCUUCUCAUCCUCACCCUAUCACCAACACCAUCGCCAGUAGGACGUCUUAUGGAACUCUACCAAUCCCCAAGCUCGCCUCGCCGCAGUCAGAGGAGGAAGAAGAUCGCUCGGAUCCAUACGGCUACCGUCGUUUAGCAGGUCCACAUCUCCUACCCUCCUACACAACAGACUUGGUCGCAAGAAGAAGGGAGAGGAGAAGAGCGAGAAGUAGAGCUAGGUUUCAAUGCAUGGCCACUUGGACAAUUUGCACAGUUAGUGUAUUAUUGCUCAUCAUUCUCUUGGUUUUGACAUUCAGCUUUCUAUUUCCAAAUCGACUCGAUAUUCCCUCCCAUCACGAUGAUGGCCAGGAUGCCAACGACCAUGAGAAUGCCAAUGACGAUGGGCCGCAGAACUUGCUGGUCAAAGCAACGCGAAACCUCCUGUACUGGACUAUGAACAAGGUCGCACUGCAGCUCAUGUCCAACAUAACCCUACUUGGUCCUAGUCGCAUUCCGAACGCUUUCUAA